CUGGCUGGAUUCAGUGCCAGGGUGGGGCGAAGGCGCUGAGGUCUCCGAGUGCUCUUUCAGGUGCAACUCCAGAGUCGCCCAGCCCCACGCAAUCCGGGGCCAGAGGUUGUGUGCGCAGCACUCGAAUACAUCCACAGACGGUGCUGCGCGGCUUUUCUGAGUGUUACGGCGCCCUCCUACCGCCCCCGCGCCGCGCGGGCGGGGACCCACCGGUUUUGCUCCGCUUUAGCAGCGGCGAAGGGAGGACCCCCGGGAGCCGGUCCCCGGCGUCCGGUCGCCCAGCCCUUUUCAGGCUUGGGCCCGCAUGGAGGGGACCGUGGAGUCCCAGACGCCUGACCUGCGGGAUGUGGAGGGUAAGGUGGGCAGGAAGACCCCUGAAGGGCUGCUCCGCGGGCUGCGAGGCGAGUGUGAGCUGGGAACCUCUGGCGCCCUGCUGCUCCCAGGGGCGCCUAGCACCGGCCACAACUUGGGGGACAAGAUCAUGGCGCUGAAGAUGGAGCUGGCUUACCUGCGAGCCAUCGAUGUGAAGAUCCUGCAGCAGCUGGUGACCUUGAAUGAGGGCAUCGAGGCAGUGCGCUGGCUGUUGGAGGAGCGGGGGACGUUGACCAGUCAUUGCAGCAGCCUCACCAGCAGUCAAUAUAGCCUGACAGGCGGGAGCCCAGGCCGCUCAAGGCGAGGCAGCUGGGACAGCCUGCCAGACACCAGCACCACCGACCAGCUGGACAGUGUCUCUAUUGGCAGCUUCCUGGACACAGUGGCCCCCAGCGAGCUGGAUGAACAGGGCCCACCUGGGGCUCCACGUCCCGAGAUGGACUGGGCAAAAGUUAUAGCUGGUGGAGAGAGGGCCAGGACUGAGGUGGAUGUGGCAGCCACCAGGCUAGGGAGCUUGAGAGCUGUGUGGAAGCCCCCAGGGGAGAGGCUUCAAGGUGGACCACCUGAGUCACCAGAGGAUGAGAGUGCCAAGCUGGGCUUCGAGGCCCACUGGUUCUGGGAGCAGUGCCAGGAUGAUGUGACCUUCUUGUAACAACUAUUCCACCCUUUUGUAAUCCUGUGGCUCUUUUAUCCAUUAGCUGUGGUCUCCCCCAAAAUUGAUUCUCCCUCAGUCUGAGACUAGGAAGAGGCUGCACUGAAAUCAGUUACCAUGGAAACCUGGCUCAUCAUUUCUCUAGUCCCUAGGGAGUCUCUGCCUUUAUCCCUCAAUUAUUGGGUCCCUAGAGCUAGCUUGCUCUUUCUUUCUUUCUUUUUUUGAGACAGGGUCUUAUGCUGUUACCCAAGCUAGAGAGCAGUGGCAUGAUCACAGCUCACUGCAGCCUUGACCUCCUGGGCUCAAGUGAUCCUCCUAUUUCAGCCUCCCCCAUAGUUAGGACCACAGGCAUGCACCACCAUGCCCAGCUAAUUGUUUAUUUAUUUUUUUUUUUUAUUUUUAUUUUUGUAGAGAUAGGGUUUCCCUGUGUUGCCCAGGCUGGUCUCAAACUCCUGGGCUCAAGGGAUCCUCCCACCUCAGCCUCCCAAAGUGCUGGGAUUAUGCCCAGCCCCUAGAGAUACUUCUAUAGAGAUAUUGACUCUAAAGGAUUGACCUAUGGCUUUUGGUAUUUAGUAUCUCUCACUACUACCCCCAGCUAAGUAAGGAUUUAAGGAAUUUAGGACUCCCUGGAGUUAACAGAUGAAGAGAUGGGGGCAUAAUUACUUCACCCAAAGUCUAGAAGCCUUGGCCCCUCUCUUGGCCAAGAUGGAGGAUUGAGGAGGGACAUGGACCUUCAGGACUAACCCUCUAUGGAUUGGUCCUCCCAGAAGCGUUUGGGCUGGUAGACCCACCCCUUCCUACCUGCUGAGUGAUGUCAUUUCCUGCCAGGAUGGGUAGCCCUUUGUACGGGUCCUUGGAUGGUAGUAGGUCAUAUAGGGGUAUCUGAGCCCCUGCUGCUAAGUGAGAUCACAUUAUUUAUCGCCCAAACCAUUACUUCUUGUGAACAGGAACAUGUCACUCCUCCUGGCAGGAAAGUUUCUCAUUGUCAGAUGUUUGUGCUUCUUUUCAGGUCUUACUUUUUAAAUAGAGUGUUCUCAUUUUAUCCUAGGGGAUCUCACUUCCUCUGUGGCUCCAUCCCUGCAUCCCUCUCUGGGCCAGCACUCCUGACUGCUUUUAGGGAGAGAAGCUUUCAGGGGCCUCCAUUUAUUCCUCUCAAGUCUGUUUGGCUCGCCCUGCCAUGGUCCCCUGUCUUACCCUGUCCCUGUGUUGCCCCUAUUCCUGUAUUCCAUUUUUUUGUUUUGUUUUGUUGGUUUUUUUUGAGAUAGGGUGACAGGGUUGCCCAGGCUGGAGUGCAGUAGUGCUCACUGCAGGCUCGACCUCUGGGACUCAAAUUAUCCUCCUUCCUCAGCCUCCCAAGGAGCUAAGACUACAGGCAUGCAUCACCAUGCCUGGCUAAUUUUUGUAUUUUUUUCCAGAGACAGGGUUUCACCAUGUUGCCUAGGGUGCACUUGAACUCCUGGGCUCAAGCAGUCCUUCCGCCUCAGCCUCUUAAAUUACUGAGAUUACAGGCAUGAGCUGCUGUGUCUGGCCCUAUUCCUGUAUUCUGACUCCAUAUCUCCCUUCUGGGAGGUUCAGCUUCUGUGUGUCCAUGCCUUUUCAGUUUCUCCAGGCCUUUUAUAUGCAAAUGAGUCCUGGCCUCCUCUGCCCUUUGUUGAUGGGAGCCACAGAGAGAGAACCUCAAGGUCUCAGAGCUCUGGGGGUGUACCAGAAUCUUGGAUAGGGGAGGUGUCAUCCUUUCUGACUUUGUGACUGCCCUUCCCCCACCCUGUCCCCAGCCUUCCACCAUUUGGUCACAAGGAUGCCUGCCUGAGGUCGGGACACAAGGAAUCUCCUUGUCUAGGCUGCAGCGUGGGGGCGUGGCAGGGAAAGACAGAAGCUCUUUGGUCCCUGGGCCCCAUCCUGGAAAGGGAGAGGGAGCAAGGGAAAGGCCUGUUUACUUCCUCCCUUAGAGCAAGCCCUGACUCCUGGAACCUGAGGAGGGAGCAGAGCCUGGGUCUCUGAGCCUGGGUCCCAGAGCCCUGCCGAAUUACAAAUUAUAUCAUAGAAGGAAUUCAGGGAAGCUGCCAACCUGGGGCUCAGAGGGGACGGUCCCAGAGACGGGGACAAGAACUGUGGCUGGUGUCAGUGAAUGAAUUCUUAGAGAUUAACCCUUUGAACUCUGGGUAACUGCUCCAUAUGUUAGUCCCUGCCUUUCCUGGGCCUUGAAACUGGGAUACUAGAAGGAAAAAGAUGGAAAAGGAUGUCAGAGGACUUUGGCUGUUCACUGCGUCCUCCUGCAAAAGAGGCGUCCUCCUCAAAUCCUGGAAUAACUCGUGCCAUUUCUCUAUUUUGUAUUCUGUGUUGGGGAAGGGAAGGAAGCCAAAUUGAUCAUCUCUGCUUCCCUAAAUUCCUCAAGUCUCAUUUUGAAACUCCCACCCCGGUCCUUCUGGAGCAAUAUUCAGUCCAUGGCUUGUCCCUAAACACCCUCUCUUCCCCUCCCACCCCCUCAAAUGAUUGAAAUCUCCAAAGUAUAUUCUCAGCUUCUUCCACUGCUCACAAGACCUCUCCAUACCACUCCUAUGGUCUUGGGACUCCUGACUUCCCCUCAGACUGGGAAUUUGAAUCUCCUAUUCCAGUCCCUACUCUGUAGUCAUUUUGUAGUGUGCCCUUGGUUAAUUACCCUUCCUGUUUUUUGUUUGUUUGUUUGUUUUGUUUUGUGUUUUGUUUUUGAGAUGGAGUCUCGCUCUGUCAUCCAGGCUGGAGUGCAGUGACGCGAUCUCGGCUCACUGCAACCUCUGCCUUCCGGGUUCAAGCGAUUCUCCUGUCUCAGCCUCCUAAAUGGCUGGUAUUACAGGCAUGCACCACCAUGCCUGGCUAAUUUUUGUAUUUUUAGUAGAGACGAGGUUUUGCCAUGUUGACCAGGUUGGUCUUGAACUCCUGACCUCAAGUGAUCCGCCCGUCUCAGCCUUCCAAAGUGCUGGGAUUACAGGUGUGAGCUACCUGCCUGGCCUGUUGUUUUAUUUUUAAGACAGGGUCUCACUCUGUCGCCCAGGCGGGAGCGCAGUGGUGCGAUCUCGGGUCACUGCAGCCUCUGCCUACUGGGCUGAAGUGGUCCUCCUCAGCCUCCUAAGUAGCUGCGACUACAGGCACGCAUCACCAUGCCCGGGUUACUUUUUGUAUUUUUUCUAGAGACAGGGUUUUGUCAUGUUGCCUAGGCUGGUCUCAAACUCCUGGGCUCAAACAAUCCUCCCACCUCAGCGUCCCAAAGUGCUGAGAUUACAGGCCUGAGCCACCAUGCCCAGCCUUUAUUUCUUUUUUUUUUUUCUCUUCAGCAACAUUGUUCAUGGAAUUAUACCCUUCUUGGAAGCCACUGUAUAGUAUUCCUAUUUGAGGUUCACUUGUUCAGUCUACACACUUAUGAGCUGAAGAGGUUGCCCGCCCUCUUGUGGCCAUUAUGCACCACUGCUGGAGUUGCUGUGUGGAACCUCCAAGCUCAAAUAAAACAUGGCCUUCUAAAGACCAGCCCCCCUCAGUGCUCGGAAAGGCUAGUGAGUCAGACCUAAAGAGGGCAUAGACUUGCCCAGCAUCACCCAUUGUAAAGUUGUGGCGACGUCCAGGUCAGAAAACCCAGAUCACAAGCCCACAUGCCCACAGCUCCAUCACUUGGCCAGUCAACACCACUGAAGCCCAAAGGGACUGAAAGCAAUUUUGCCCCUGUUACAAUGUUUGCGUUCUCACCUCUUCCUAAAGAGGCAGCUUAGUCUUUAGAGGAAGAGCUGCAGGAAAGAAAACCCUGGGCCUGGACUGGAUGAAGGGGUGAGGGAUGCACUAGUCUGGAUCACAAAUAGGAGGAAAAAUCAAUCCUGGACCCACCAUUUUUCUGGGAAGGAGGGCUAGGAGCUCCAGACAUCAUAGGAACAGAGCUCAGCAUUUCAGACCUGGAGAUUAGAAGCAGAGGUGGGGGUGGGGAGCUGUGAAAUUAGGAAACUUAGAUGGGUCUUGCAGAAGUAGGUGUGGCUCCACAGGUCAGGGAAUUACAGGUCAAUUGGAUAGGCACCUGAGAGUGUUGUGGGGCUGGAAAGCUGGGGUGAGUGAGGCUGCCUGGGUAUUCCGCUUAGGUCUAGGCAUCCUGGCUGAAUACCUUAGAUUUCAGUUCACCACCAGAGAAGCCCGGAAACUCCAGUAAACACUUAUCUUUGGUCCCUUCUACCUGCCUCUAACUUGGCUGGUUGAGGCUCAGCUUCUCUCUAACUAGACUUUUCUGGCUUAUAGGGUACAGCUGUUUGGGAGCUCAAAGAAGGAGAAGGUAAGAAAAAGGAGAGAAAUGCGGAGAGAGGAGAGGAUGGGAUGAAAACAGGGUGUGGAAAAUAUCAGAGGGCGUAUACUGCCCUCAAGUGCGCUGGGGGCUUUUGUCCGGGGUCAGAGUAAAGACAAAGAAGAGGCUGCUCAUGGAAGCUGCAGAAACAGUGCCUGGGGGGAUAAGCGGGGGCGGUGCUGGCUGAGACAAGAGACCAUGGGAGUGGGCAUUGUAAAGACCUGCAUUUAUUUAUUUUAUUUAUUUAUUUAUUUAUUUAUUUUGAGACAGGGUCUCACUCUGUCGCCCAGACUGGAGCGCAGUGGCAUGAUCUCGGCUCACCGCAACCUCCGCCUAUCAGGCUCGAGCGAUUCUCCUGCCUCAGCCUCCUGAGUGGCUGGGACUACAGGCGCACGCCACUACCACCCAGCUAAUUUUUGUAUUUCUAGUAGAGAUGGGGUUUCACCAUGUUGGCCAGGCUGGUCUCGAACUCCCAACCUCAAGUGAUUCACCCGCCUCGGUCUCUCAAAGUGCUAGGAUUACAGGCUUGAGCCACCAUGCCCGGCCGAGGCCUGCAUUUAGGAUGGAGGCAUUGAGGUUGAGCACUGAGCUAACUGGAAGCUCAGUGACAGCUUCAGUGAGAAAUGCUUGAGAGUUGUAGCAGACACAAGCUCAUUGUGUGUGUGGUGCCAGGCACACACUGGGUGUUCCGUGACACCUGUUCAGUGAAUGGAAGAAUGAAUAUGUGUAAGCCCACAAGGAGAUGUGACUUAAAAAAAAAGUUGCUAAUUUACAAAUUAGGUAAUUGAAAAUAUUUUUAAAUUUACUUUUUAGCAAUCCUAUAAACAGUGCAUUGUUAACAAUAGUCUUACUUAGAAAUUUGCUCAAGGUCAGUUAAGUAACAAAUGAGCUGUAAUAACCCAUAUCAACCUGACUGCAGGGGCUUCCAGGAAGCCUUCUCUGAUUCCCUACCCAUGCCAUACACUCACUUAGACCCUACUCUCCUAGGAGAACAGAUUAGUGCUGCCCAGAAGCUGGGGCAGGACAUUAGUUUCCUAUUGUCACUAAUGAAUUACCACAAAGUGGCUUAAAAAACAAAAUUAUUAUGUUACAGUUCAGAAGUCCAAAAUCAGCUUCACCAGGCUAAAGUCAAAGUGUUGACAGGUCUACACUCCUUCCGUGGGCUCCAGGGGAGAAUGUUUCCUUGCUUUUUCCAGCUUCUAGAUGCUGCUUGCGGUGCUUGAUUCGUGGCUCUUUUCACCAUCUUCAAAGCCAGCAGCAGAGCAUCUUCUAACCUCUGUUUCCAUCCCUACAUCUCUCUAAUUCUACUGCCUCUCACUUGUAAGGAUUACAUUGGGUCUACUGGGAUAAUCCAGUAUCAUCUUCCCAUUGGCAAGAUCCUUAAUUAAAUCCUGCCUUCAAAGUCCCUUUUACCAUUUAAGAUAAAAUGUUCACAGGUUAAGCAGUUGGUGCGUGUCUGUAGUCCCAGCUACUCAGGGGGCUGAGGCUGGAGGAUCACUUGAGCCCAGGAGUUCAGGCCAGCCUGGGCAACAUAGUAAGACUCUUCUCUUAAAAGAAAAUUUAUAUUUAUCCUCAGGUCCUGGGGAUUAGGAAUUGGCAUCUUUGGGAGAGGGGCUUUUAGCCUGACACAGGCAGGGUGGAAAGUGGGCAGGAGGAUGCACCCAGGCCCAGAAUGAACCUCUGUGCUUUGUCCAGCCUCCCCUAGCCUAGAAUGAGAGGUGGUACCAAGGCGGAGGUGGCAGGUCCAGACCCCGUGUCUAGAGAAUGUCAAAUGCCUCCUGUACCAUCACCACCAGGGAGAGCCAAAGAUGAAGAUCAGGCUUGGGAGAAAGUCUCAGUUUAGGAAUCUUUUUAGACCUGAGACCUUCCUGGUAACCACAGUGGAGGAUUCCUCAACACUGUCUCCUCUCCAGAACCAUUCUGUGCUCCUAUUCCCCAAGGCUGAAGAUAAUUAUAUUCCCAGUGAACUAACCUGGGUUCUCUCUGGAAAGGGCAGAUUGGAUAGAUUAGUUGUCUUCUUUUUAAAUUGUUAUUUUUAAUUCUUUAAUAGUUAAACCAUGCUUCUCAUAGCAUAGUGAAUUCCAUCACCAGGCCCCUUUCUUAUUUUAUUUUCUUCUUUUUUAAAAAAAUUUUAGACUGGGCACGGUGGCUCAUGCCUGUAAUCCCAGCACUUUGGGAGGCCGAGGCAGGUGGAUCACCUGAGGUCGGGAGUUCGAGACCAGCCUGGCCAACAUGGUGAAACCCCAUCUCUACUAAAAAUACAAAAAUUAUCUGGGCAUGGUGGCGCAUGCCUGUAGUCCCAGCUGCUCAGGAGGCUGAGGCAAGAGAAUUGCUUGAACCCAGGAGGCAGAGGUUGCAGUGAACCGAGAUCAUGCCACUGCACUCCAGCCUGGGCGACAGAGCGAGACUCCGUGUCAAAAAAAAAAAAAAUUAAUUUUUUUUUAAGAGACUGGGUCUCACUGUCACCCAGGCUGGAGGACAGUGAUGUGAUCUUGGCUCACUGUAACUUUGACCUCCUGGGCUCAAGCAAUGCUCCCACCUCAACCUUCUGAGUAGGACUACAGGUGCACACGAGCAUGUCCAGCUAAUUAAAAAAAAAUUUUUUUUAGAGAUGGGGUCUCACUGUGUUGCUCAGCCUGGUCUUGAACUCCUGGCCUUGAGAAGUCUUCCUGCAUCAGCCUCCCAUAGUGCUGGGAUUACAGGUGUGAGCCACCGUGCCUGGCCUCUUCUUUUGAUCCCUCAUCCCUAUUCUCAUUCCUCUCCCUGUGUCAGUAUAUGUUUGGAUAUGUAUGUAUCUUUGAAAAUAUAUGUAAUUAUGUGCCUAUGUGUUUUAAUAUAUAUAAAGGGUAUACUUUUAUGGUAAACCAACUUCUGUAA